UUACUUGUUGCACCGACCACGUGGCUUUACUUUUGUUCUUCAGCUUACUAUUUCUGCAAACACAAGAUGCUGGUACUCUUUGAGACCCCCGCUGGCUAUGCCGUUUUCAAGAUGUUGGAUGAGGGAAAGCUGCAGAAAAGCGAUGAUCUCUAUAAAGACUUCGAGACUCCAGAAGCAGCCAGUAAAGUAGUCAAGUUGAAGCAUUUCUCAAAGUUUGAGGAUAUGACGGCAGCUCUGUCUGCUGCCACGGCUGCAGUGGAGGGCAAGAUGGGCAAGGGACUCAAGAAAAUGCUCAAGAAAGUGUUCUCUUCAGAUGUGCAAGAUACUCUGGCAGUGGCCGAUGCUAAACUGGGCGGAGUCAUCAAGGAUAAGCUCAACAUCAGUUGUGUGCAUAGUUCAGCAGUACAUGAAUUGUUCAGAGGAAUACGCAAUCAGAUGGCCAACCUCAUAACAGGGUUGCCCCAGUCAGAGCUGGACAACAUGGCCCUAGGUCUAUCCCACAGCCUCUCACGCUAUAAGCUCAAGUUCAGUCCUGAUAAAGUGGACACUAUGAUCAUUCAAGCCAUCGCCCUCCUGGACGACUUGGACAAGGAGCUCAACAACUACAGCAUGCGCAGUCGUGAGUGGUAUGGAUGGCAUUUCCCUGAGCUAGGGAAGAUUGUCCCUGACAACCUAACCUAUGCCAAGACUGUCAAGGCUAUUGGAAUACGAGGGCAAAUGGAGUUACGAGAUUUGACCACUGUCCUACCAGAGGAGGUGGAGGAAGAGGUUCGUGCUGCCGCAGAGGUUUCCAUGGGAACAGAGAUCAGCGAGGAGGAUCGGAUCAACAUAUUACACCUCUGUGAUCAGGUUAUAGAGAUCUCUGAAUAUCGUGCUCAGUUGUAUGACUACCUGCGUAACAGGAUGUUGGCUAUAGCCCCUAACCUCACGCUAAUGGUGGGAGAGUUGGUGGGAGCAAGGCUAAUAGCACAUGCUGGGUCACUACUCAACCUUGCCAAACACCCUUCAUCAACAGUGCAGAUACUGGGGGCAGAGAAGGCACUCUUCAGAGCCCUCAAGACAAAGCACGACACUCCCAAAUAUGGGCUUAUUUAUCAUGCGUCUCUGGUGGGUCAAAGUGCACCCAAGAACAAAGGCAAGAUCUCGCGCAUGCUUGCAGCCAAAGCCUCGCUGUGUGUGCGUGUGGAUGCUCUGGGAGAGGAGGAGGAGCCCACCAUUGGACUGCAGAGUAGGGCGCUAGUUGAACAGAGAUUGAGAGAAUGCGAACAAACUAAGUUGCGUCGUAUCAGUGGAGCUGGCAAGUCUGUGGGGAAGCCAGUUAAGCACGAGGCCGGGACCACACCCACUCAAUACAACACAGGGCCUGACUUCACUCUCUCUCAAGGACGCAAGCGCAAGAGGGAAGAAGCAUCAGAGGAAGAGAAAGAUGAAGAGCCGGUUAAGAAAGUGAAGAAACGUAAGUCCACUGAAGGAUUGAAGGCAGUAAAGGUGAAGGCUGAAGUUGAGGAGGAGACACCAAAGAAAAAGAAGAAGUCCAAGCGUAUCAAGACUGAGGAUUAGGAGCAAACAAUCAUUGACUUUAAUUAUUUUGCUGAUGCUAAUUCUAUUUGUAUGAGAUAUGAAAUGAUUGUCUUGUUCGAUCUAAUAUUGGUUAAUGAAA